AUGAGCCAGUUGCAAGAAGAUGCGGUGGUGGAGCAACUACACACCACGACCAAGUUUGCUACCUACACCCUGAUCGUAGUCACCGCCGCUCUAUGGCUGCUAUGGAGACAACAGAAUCAGUCUAGACUAUACAGAUUGGGUAACAGGCUCCCUGGACCACCAGCUUUACCAUUGUUUGGCAACGCCCUCAGUGCGAUUGGGAUAAAAACCACAGAUGUAAUAAGAAUUUGUCUUAACUACUCCGCUCAAUAUGGUCCAGUGGUUCGUGCCUGGCUCGGUAACAGGCUCUACGUAUUCAUCCAAAACCCUGACGACAUUGAAGUUAUCCUAAACAGCCAGAUUCAUAUCGAGAAAUCUGAUGAAUAUGAUCUUUUCAAACCUUGGCUGGGCGAAGGACUACUUAUAAGUAAAGGCAACAAAUGGAGAACACAUCGGAAAUUAAUAGCGCCAACGUUUCACAUAAAUAUCUUGAAAUCCUUCAUAAGUGUUUUCAAUCAGAACAGUGUGAAUGUGGUGAAGAAAAUGAAGAGGGAAAUUGGAAAAACAUUUGAUGUUCACGACUACAUGAGUGAAACUACUGUGGACAUACUGCUUGAAACUGCUAUGGGUAUUACUAGGAAAACACAAGAUGAGUCUGGUUUUGACUACGCAAUGGCUGUUAUGAAGAUGUGUGAAAUUAUUCAUCAAAGACAUUACAAACUAUGGCUGCGAUUGGAUUACACGUUCAAAUUUUCAUCAUUUUUCAAAAAACAAAUUAAACUUUUAGAGAUUAUUCAUGGAUUAACAAACAAGGUAAUAAAAAGUAAAAAAGAAAUAUAUCUUGACAAUAAGGCUAAAGGUAUUGUUACACCUACAAUGGAUGAGUUAACUAGAACAAACGUCGAUACUGAAGCAAAUAAAACCAUAUCCGACAACGUUUUCAAAGGACUAAGGGAUGACUUAGAUUUCAUUGACGAAAACGAUGUAGGUGAAAAAAAACGUCUUGCCUUUUUGGAUCUUAUGAUAGAAUCCGUUCAAAGUGGAACAAAUAUAAUAACGGAUCACGAAAUUAAGGAACAAGUAGAUACGAUAAUGUUUGAGGGUCAUGAUACCACAGCAGCUGGAUCAAGCUUCGUAUUAUGCUUACUGGGUGUCCACCAGGACAUUCAAGAUAAGGUAUAUGACGAAUUGUAUGAGAUCUUCGGAAACUCUGAUCGGCCCGUUACAUUUGCUGACACGCUGCAAAUGAAGUAUUUGGAAAGAGUAAUUCUAGAGUCCUUAAGGUUGUACCCACCGGUACCUGCUAUUGCUAGAAAAUUAAAUCGCGAUGUCACUAUUGUAACAAACAAUUACGUAAUACCUGCGGGCGCCACCGUCGUGAUAGGCACGUUUGGUACUCAUCGCAGAGAGGACUACUACAAGAAUCCGGAUAAAUUUGACCCGGACAACUUUCUACCAGAAAACACUGCAAACAGACACUACUACAGCUUUAUACCUUUCAGUGCUGGACCCAGGAGCUGUGUUGGUCGCAAAUAUGCUAUGCUGAAGCUGAAAAUUCUACUUUCAACAAUUUUGCGCAAUUACAAGACAGUUUCUGUGGUACCCGAAAGUGACUUUAAUCUACAGGCGGAUAUUAUUCUGAAACGAAGUGACGGGUUCCGGAUCAGAAUCGAACCUAGGACAAGGGUCCCAUCUAAUUUUCAAUAA